UUCAUCGUUCAAGUCUCGAAAGAUAGAAGACUGUUCACGUUUCCGUUUCCCGAGAAGAUUAAGAAACUGUAUGACCAACCCAUCCCAAUUGGCCUCUCACCGCUCACUGCAUCACUUUCAGUUCCUCACUAACUGCCCUGCACCCGCACAAAACCACACCAGACCUCCAUAUUUACGGACCUGCCCACCCCAGCUCCCCAUGAAUUGCCUUCCUUUUCCAUUCCCCUAAAAUCCCAAUUCUUUUCUCAGCCCAGGAUUCCAAUUCCCCAAAGAGAAGAAGAUGGGAUUUGAUCUGGAAUCAGUUGCAGAGGCAACUUCAGGCGCCAUUGGAGCUCUGGUCAGCACCACCAUCUUGUACCCUCUCGACACCUGCAAGACCAAGUACCAAGCUGAAGUCCGAGCUCAGCAUCAGCAGAAAUACAGGAACAUUUCUGAUGUUUUAUGGGAAGCAAUUUCUACCCGUCAGGUGCUUUCUUUAUACCAGGGCCUUGGGACAAAGAACUUUCAGUCCUUUAUUUCACAGUUCAUCUACUUCUAUGGAUACAGUUUUUUUAAGAGGUUAUACUUGGAGAAAAGUGGAAAUAAAAACAUGGGAACAAGAGCAAACUUGAUUGUUGCAGCUGCUGCCGGGGCUUGUACAGUCAUAGUAACACAGCCCUUGGAUACUGCAUCCUCAAAGAUGCAGACAAGUGAGUUUGGAAAAUCCAAAGGACUCUGGAAGACGCUUUCGGAGGGAACUUGGAUUGAGGCAUUUGAUGGUCUCGGCAUAUCUCUUCUUUUGACAUCUAACCCAUCUAUCCAGUACACAGUAUUUGAUCAGCUGAAACAAAGACUUCUGAGGGGGCAGCUGAGAAAAAGAACAGGUACAGAGUCAUCUCCAGAAGCCCUUUCUGCCUUUUCCGCUUUCGUAUUGGGUGCCGUCUCAAAGUGUAUUGCGUCCUGCUUGACAUACCCAGCCAUCAGGUGCAAGGUCAUGAUUCAAGCUGCAGAAGAAGAUGAAGAGGGCAGCAACGGAGCUCAAAGCGAAUCUCAAAAGUCCCAAAAGACAGUUUCAGGUGCAUUUUAUGCCAUUUGGAAACGAGAGGGACCGUUGGGUUUCUUCAAAGGAUUACAGGCGCAGAUACUGAAAACUGUGCUGAGCUCGGCAUUGCUUUUGAUGGUAAAGGAAAAGAUCACAAAGACAACAUGGGUCCUAUUGCUUGCUCUAAGGAGGUAUUUGUUUGUGAACAAGAGCAGAUUAAAGAGCGCUUGAAUUAGCGAUGACAAUGAGAAUCGAAUGCAUGAAGCGAGUCCUUGUAUUAAACGUGUAUCAUUGGAUUUGUUCACAUUUGUGGCACGUUUACUAAUCCGUAAUCAGGUUGAGAGGAAUUGAAUUGAGGAGGAAUUGGAAUGAGGUGGAAUCAGAAUAAGAUUACUGUUAAAGUUGUUUACUAAAACUGUCUGGAAUCGGAGUAAGAAUGACAUUGAUCCAUAUAAACUGUUUACUAAUUCACUUGAAUC